ACGUCCGCGCCCCGCGUGCCCCGCCUCCCGCAGCCGCCGCCGGGCGGGGACCCUACGAGACCCGAGCGGAGCGCCAUGGGCCGCGCGGCCUCGCACCCGGCCUCGGCGCCGCUGCUGCUGCUGCUCGUGCUGCUCCGGGCCGAGCGGCUGCCGGGCGCCGAGCUCACCUUCGAGCUGCCGGACAGCGCCAAGCAGUGCUUCCACGAGGAUGUGGAGCGGGGCGCCAGGUUCUCCCUGGACUACCAGGUCAUCACCGGAGGCCACUAUGACGUGGAUUGCUAUGUGGAGGACCCCCUGGGGAACACCAUCUACCAGGAGACCAAGAAGCAGUAUGACAGCUUCACGCACCGGGCCGAGGUCAAGGGCGUUUAUCAGUUUUGCUUCAGUAAUGAGUUCUCCACCUUCUCUCACAAGACCGUCUAUUUUGACUUUCAAGUGGGCGAUGAGCCCCCCAUUCUCCCAGACAUGGGGAACAGGGUCACAGCUCUCACCCAGAUGGAGUCCGCCUGUGUGACCAUCCACGAGGCCCUGAAGACGGUCAUUGACUCCCAGACACAUUACCGGCUCCGCGAGGCGCAGGACCGGGCCCGGGCCGAAGAUCUCAGUAGCCGGGUCUCAUGCUGGUCCAUCGGCGAGGUGAUCACCCUGCUGGUGGUCAGUUUCAGCCAGGUGCUGCUGCUGAAGGCCUUCUUCACGGAAAAGCGAGCCAGCCCCCGGGCGCUGCACUCCUAGGCCCCGGCUUCUGCCCCGGGGCCCCGCCCCCAGGCCCCUGCUGGGCCCGAGGGCCAACCUGGGGUGGGGCCGAGCCCCUGGGGGUGGCACCCAGCUGUUUUCUCCUCGAGCCCGGCCGCCGGCGAUCUGGAGGCAGCUAGCCGCAUUACGUGGGUCACACCGAGAAAAGCGUACAGUCAGGCCCUGACUGUGGUGGGGGGGGGGGGGUCUGGUUGUAGGGGAAGCCCAGGUGCCCCGGCCUCAUGGGGCGGCUACCUCUGCUCCAUGGUGCGUGGGUCGUCGGGCUCGGGUAUGUCUCCCUCUCUGAUUUCAUCUUGUUUCAUUUUUCCCUCCCUUCCCCUAUGAUCCUCUGUCUUGUUUCUCAAAUUCCUCAUAUCAGUGAGAUCAUAUGAUACUUGUCUUUCUCUGACUGACUGACUUCACUUAGCAUCGUACUCUCUAGUUCCGAAAACACUCAGAUAUUGAAAAUAAAAGGAUGAACGAGACUUGCCAGGAAAACAUCGGCCAAAUGAGAAAUAAGGUAGUAAGCCUAGCAUCGGACAAAGCAUAGUUCUUGGGCACACUAUCUCACUAAAUGGGAGCAUUACACGCUGUAGUCAUGACACAGUAAGAAACACACGGACGUCUCCAUCCCCAGGCCCUGGCAUGGCUCCUGAAACUCUCACAACUCUCACAACGUCUAAUGAGGCGACUUGGGGGGGCUCCUGGAUGGGGAGCCGGUCACGGGAAAGACCCCCGCUGUGCUCAGAAGUUGGGAACUUUCAGCCCCAUGCCCCAUUCUCCAGAGGAGGGGGUUGGAAAAAGGUCACUCCAAGGAUGGAUCGUGCCUACGUGGAGAAGUCUCCAUGAAAACCCCAACAGUAGAGGGUUCAGGGAGGUUCCGGGCUGGUGCACAGGCAGGGGUGCUGGAGAGGGGCGCCCCUGGGGAGGGCACGAGCUCCACCCCUCCCCACACCUCGCCCUAUGCCUCUCCCCACUGCUCACCUGCCUCCUUUAUCAUAUCCUUCCAUAACAAACCGGUAUGCAGUAACUAAACUGCUCUCCCGAGCUCCGGGAGGCACGAGCAAAUCAGUGGAGCUUGACAAGGGGGUCGUGGGGACGUCCAAGCUGCAGCCGGGGGUCAGAAGCGCGGGGGUCAGAAGCACGGGUGACAGCCUGGCCUUGCGACUGGCGUGUGGCCCAGGGACGGUCUGGUGGGGCGGGGCCCGUGGCCUGUGGGAUGUGGUGCUGUCUCUGGGUGGACGACAGGGGAGUGACGCCGUAGGACACCCCGCUGGUGCUGCGGAGUUGCUCGUGGGGAACCACCUGCCAUCAGAAUCUGAGUGUCUCAUGUGCUAGAGCACAGCAGACGCGAGGGAAGACCGGGUGCCCAUCAUCAGCGGAUGUGGCUGAAGAGCAGCAUGCAAGCACCUGCAAGGACUCCCCUGCUCAGAAGGAGAAGAUCUGGCCCUUUCCCGCCAGAGCCCCACACGCCCGAGGCCUCAGGCUCCAGAGGGACGGGUGCAGGAGCU